CCGCAUGUAGGCCAAGGUCGACACAACAGAGUGCAAAUUAUACACUGUUACACGCAGAACAUCAGCGUACAUUUUUUUCACGUGGCGUAAUACUCCUUCGUUACUCAUACUAGGUCACCACAGUUUGACGGUCACAGUAGCGGUUGAAGGAACACAGAUCAUGGUUCGAGCCUGGUACUUCGAUAACGAUGAAGAAGGGAACAAGAAGCUCCCGCACAUGACCGAUCCGCCCCAGUUUGUGGAUUUAGAAGGUCUGAAGAAGAUUGGCGUACUUUACUGGAAGGUGGACGUGGACGGUGACGACAUGGAGGAGGGAGGACUGGUACCCAAGCUGAAGGAAGAGCGGGGAUACAAACACGGAGACAGCAUUGCCAUCAGCAGAGAGCUCAUGCCGGAUUACGUGGACGUGAGCAAAAUGCUCUACACCGAGCACCUGCAUCCCGACGAGGAGAUCCGCUUGGCUGUGGACGGCGUUGCCUAUUUUGAUGUCAGAGAUCUGGAGGACAAGUGGAUCCGCAUCGAAAUUUCCAAGGGCGACCUGAUUAUUUUGCCAGCAGGAUUGUACCACAGAUUCACAGUAGAACAGGAAAAGCGUUUUGUCAAACUGGAGCGCUUUUUCACAGAGAUCACGCGCUGGACGCCAUACAACCGUCCCGCAGAUGAUCAUCCUGCCCGCGUGGCGUAUCUUAAAUCAAUGGAAAAACCCAAGGAGGAAGAGAAGAAGUUCAGCUGGUGCAACUUUCUCUAAGAUUUACAAAAAUCUUUUAUUCCUAUUUUUAUUUUUUUUAUUUCAUUCAUUUUACUUAUUUAUUUUUAAUAAGUGACGUUCUUGAUGUGUGGGUUUUAUUUUUUUGGCUCUGAGAAAUGGUGCCGUGCCGUACCGUUGAACAACUUAACUAGCUUCAAAACAGAAGCUUUGUAAUAUUUCAUGCUAAUUUGCUUUAUGUAAAGCGUGGAAUAUAGAACACCAUUGCCGAUUACCACGUCCAAGUUCGCUUAUCCAAGUUACAGUGGAAAGGGGGAGAGUAAUCUAAUGUGGUCUCGAAAAAGUCUGGGUCAAAAUGGUUUUAAUUGAUUCAUUGAUUUCAAAAUUAAUUAAUUUAUUUAUUAUGCACCAGAUUUUUACGACGGGAAUUUUUUCAAGAGCACACAUAACUUGAAAGGACGCAAUGGUAGCUAUGUUUUCAUGGCCAGACCUUCUGUGGAAAUAUUGAAAUGUGCCAUAUUGGAUUUAGAUUAAAAAAAAACACACACAUAUUGUUGCUUACAGUAUAGCACGUUCAGUUCUGAAUUUAUUUUUGUGCUGCGAAAAACCAUGGCUGAAUCGAAGGAAUGAGACUCGGACAUGGAGGACUCCCAUUGUUUCUACCCAAAUAGAACAUUCACAAACUGUGAACCACGGAAGCAAAUGUGAUGUGUGGCAUUUUUCAUUCACAUGGACAAGUCAUAUUUUUUACGAAAGUAUGUGAAUUAUACCUAUGAAAUUGAACAGUGGAAUAAUAUGGCCUCGCUUGCCGUCACCCAAAAAACUAAGGUAAACCUUAGGGUAAUAUUUGACCAUAUUUCGAAUUAUAGGAUUAUGCUCUUAUUUAGAGAAAAUGCUCUUUAAAUCUUCAUUUUUUUAGUCGCCACGAGGACCCAUACGUUUCAAAACAAAGAAGAUGGCAAAUACUUGAACUAUCUCUGUCAAAAAAUUAAGUCUACAGAUCCUUUUCUUCUUAAAAUAAGUGGUCAGAUUUAACAACCUAACAAAGAAAUAUUAUUGACACAUUUAUUGACA